UGUUGUUUCUCGGUAACUUGACACCGGUGAGCUCGUGUUCAACUAUGAGAAGUAGAGUUCCGAUCCUGAUCCUGACCGGACACCUGAGGAUCUUCUCCGAGCUCAGCGUGGAGCAGCAGCCGCAGCAGCCAGGAUGAUCCCGGUGGGUGAACUGAAAAACCUCGGCACAGAGCCGAACUCCAAGCUUCGGGUGCUGAAGCCGUGGUGGGAUGUUUUCUCAGAGUACCUGUGCAUUGCCAUGCUGAUGAUCGGAGUCUUUGGUUGCACCCUGCAGCUCACUCAAGACAAGAUUGCAUGCCUGCCCAGUCACUUCACCAGCCCAACGCCAGAGGCAAUCGACUGCAGCCACAUCAGCACUUAUGCAGAGAACAAGACAAGGCAGCACACACUGGUGAAAAAUGCAAGUCCCAUCAUUUGGGAGGUGACCGGCCGCAAGAACAACCUGGACAUCCAUCAGUAUUUGUUUGUUAAUCACUAUUGCUACGAGAGGUUCGUCCACUGGUACGCAAAGUACUUCCCCUACCUCGUCGUGAUCCACACUGUGAUCUUCAUGGCAGCGAGCAGCUUCUGGUUCAAGUUCCCAGGGACGUCUUCUAAGAUUGACCUCUUUGUGACCAUCCUUGUGAAGUGCUUUGACUCCCCGUGGACCACGAGGGCCCUGAGUGAAGUGUCGGAGGAAAGAGGAGAGGAGAAGAUGGUCAUUUGGAGGAGGAACACCACCUCAAAGGAACACGCGGAGCUACGAGAGGUGGAGGAGGAGACCACAGGGCUUCUUCGCUCCUUGUCUGUCAAGUCUAAUCCAGAAAAGAAAACCCCAGAGUCUCCGUCUACCCACUCCGCCCUGGACAAGAAGGAAGGCGAGCAGGCCAAAGCUCUAUUUGAAAAGGUAAAGAAGUUGAGGACUCAUGUAGAGGAGGCAGACCUCUUGUAUGUCAUGUAUGUGCUACAGACAUCGGUCAAGGUCUUUAAGUUCCUUUUGAUCAUUAUCUACACUGCAGUGAUGGCACCAAACAUUGAGAUUGUAGUGCACUGUUACGUUCCUCCUGAACUGACUGGUUUUGACAUUUAUUGCUGUAACCACAACAAAGCCCAUCUUUUCUCCAAGCUUGCUUAUUGCUACAUCUGCUUUGUGGGAGUGUAUGGUCUCCUGUGCAUCUAUUCCCUCUACUGGCUGUUCCACCGGCCACUCAAAGUGUUCUCCUUUGAGCAUGUCAGACUAGAGACAGGUAUUAACGAUAUACCAGAUGUAAUGAAUGACUUUGCGUUCCUCCUGCACCUUGUGGACCAAUAUGAUGCCCUCUACUCUAAGAGAUUUGCCGUCUUUCUUUCUGAGGUCAGUGAGAGUCGUCUCUAUCAGCUCAACCUCAACCACGAGUGGACCGCCAAAAAGCUACGCGAGCGUCUUGCCAAGAACACAAGUAACCUGUUGGAGCUGCACCUGUCGAUGUUGCCGGGACUUCCUGACACCGUGUUUGAGCUGUCUGAGUUGGAAUCACUCAAACUGGAGCAAGUUAAAAACGUUACCAUCCCACUGAGUGUGGCAAAGCUAGACUCUCUCCGGGAGCUGUCGCUGCUGUACUGCCAAGCAAAGCUUCAGCUGCCUGCCCUGAACCACCUCAAGGAACAUUUGAAGGUCCUUCGUCUAUCUUUUGAAAAUUUAGAUGAGGUACCUUUGUGGAUGUACACCCUGAGUGGCCUGGAGGAGUUACAUCUGAACAGUCCCUUAACUGAGGCGUCCAGAAGUGCCACUCUCGACUCCCUUCGAGACCUUCGAGCUCUGAGACUCCUCACUUUCCGCUCCAACCUUUCAAAGAUCCCACCCAGCGUAGGGGAUGUAGCAGUGCAGCUGCAGAGGUUGUGCAUCUAUAAUGAAGGUGUCAGACUCCAGGCGUUCAGCAGCCUGAAGAAGUUAACCAACCUGCUUUCACUGGAGUUAGUGGGCUGUGAGUUGGAGCGCAUCCCAAGUGCUGUCUUCAGCCUGAACAAUCUACAGGAGUUGGACCUGAAAGACAAUAAACUGACCACUGUGGAGGAGAUACUGAGCUUACAGCACUGUCGCCGGUUAGUGACCCUGCGACUGUGGCACAACAAAAUCGCUUACAUCCCCGAUCACAUCAGUAAAUUGCACUCCCUAGAGACGAUAGAUGUCAGCUGGAACAAGCUGAGGAAGCUUCCCUCUCGACUGUUUUAUUGCACCAAGCUCAGGCACAUAGAUGUUUCCCAUAACCAGCUGACCUCUCUUCCUCCUGAGGUGGGCAUCCCACAAGGCCUCCAGUUCUUCUCCGCUGCUUUCAAUUCUUUAGAGACGGUGCCGGAGGAGCUGUUCUCCUGUAAAAAGCUAAAGACGCUGGCUCUUGGAAACAACUGCCUGUCAUACCUAAGCCCUAGCGUGGCCAACCUGGCUCAGCUGGCCCGGCUGGAGAUUAAGGGGAAUCGUCUGGAGUCUCUUCCUCUGGAGAUAGCAGACUGUCCCCUUCUGAAUGUCAGUGGGUUGAUAGUAGAGGACAACCUGCUGGAUCUGCUGCCACCAGAUAUGCGAAGCAGGCAGGCAAAGAGCUAAGUUUGUAGAGCUAAUGGACGCAUCUUCUCUCAGUGGACUAUCAUGGUUGAUGAAAGGCUGACUCAGUAGAAGGUCAUGGAAAAUUUGCAGUUUGUUGAUGUGUAGUACUAGAGGGAAUGUUAUCCUGUCCUGGAUUUCUUUACACUUAAAUUUGAUCACAAAUGUCAGAUAUUGUGUCGGCUCAUGUGCAAGCCAGUCAAGUGCCCUUGUGGAUCUCAAUUUCAAGAAUCUCAUUAUUUGAGAUAUAUAAAGAUAAGUGGAGGGAGAAUUUUACGAUCUUAAAUAUGGAUCAGGCUGAGACAGGAGCUAAAUUUAAGAGGUAUGAGAAGUCAAAAUCUAAUAUCUGAUCUUAAAUUAAAGGUUCACCCUCCCCUUCCAAACAUGAAAGAGAACGUGUGUUCCGGUGUUUGGUUUGUCCAGUUAGGACUAUUGUAAAAAACAUAGCGGCCUCUGUAGAGAGGAUCCUUUCCGAACGUAAAUAUAAAGUAUUUAAAUAUAAAGGGCCCAUUCUAGGGUAAAGAAAACAACAAUUCAUACAAUUUAGAUUAUUACACACAAGUGAAAACAUCUCUAGGAUUAUUUAAUAUUCAAUUUCUGCCUUACACACUGGACCUUUAACAUUAAACAUUUUAAGCUCAGUUAUGUCUAGGAUAAACAGGAAGGACAAAGAGGGGAUCUGGAAUUUUCCUUCACUAAAUCCACAAGUGAACUUGCAAAAAAAAAAAUUUUGUACUGUAAGUUUCAAUUUACGUCAGAUGCAUGUUUCUGAAAUAUUUUUAUGCAUUUUCUAAAAAAUACAUUUUACAAGUAUUUUACGAAGGUCAUAUGUGUCCUGUAAAUACCUUACUGUAUUUAUUUAUUUUUUAAAUGGUGCAUAUUGCACAUUAUUGUAAACUUUAUUAUAAAUACAGAGUCAGGCUGAUGUUAUGUGUAAUAAUUAGCAUUAAUAAAAGAAAGACGUUUUUAUUCAUGCUUCUCCCUGCACAAUAUUUAGUGGGUUCCCUCAGAGCCAGAGAUUAGUAACUGUGCUGUAUCCUGUUGAACAGGUUCAUACAGCAUUGAGCUGCGUUUCCCACAGUGUGGUGGCUCAUGUUGCUGCCUUUCAGGCACCAAACAAGCAGGAGGAAGAAAAAAGCCUUUCAGCAGCAGAAUAAUAAGUGUCCACUCCUCCGUUUACGUAUUCUGUCCAACGGGGGGGAAAGACUGAAUUCAUACAGAUGAGUAUGAAUCAGGUAAAGGUCAAGUCAACAUAAUAUUCGGCAUGAAAAGCAGGUCUGAGUAAAUAAUCAAUAAAGCAAGAGAAAAGACAAAACAUCAGUCUUAAAUUGUCCUAGAUUAGCGACAUGUUUUACAAUGAUGUCUGUGGUGAGGAGUGAUGCUCUUUAUUUCAACAUAUUAUGUAAGGGAUUACAUGUUAAAAACUAUAUUGUAAAUUUUCCACAUAUAAUCUUAAGAUUUUAGAGGUUUCUGUAGCUCGACUGAAGGUCCAUCUAGUUACUUGUUUUAGUUUUGGGGUUUAAAAUGCUUUAAAUUGUAUAUAUUUUACUGAGUGAUUUUCUCUCUCUCACACAAAGAAAUACUUUCAUGUUUUUCUUUCUCCCUAUGUUCAUACGAGCAGUAUCUCUGUCCCAGACUCAGAUUUGCAUUUCACAUCUCUCAGGACGUCCACCUCUCUGCCUGAACUGCUCUGCCGUCAUGUCCUGGCUUGCACGGUAACAAAAUGGGAUCCUGUCAGCCGGGUUACAGACAUACCACAGUAAUGUUUGAGCGUACACUGACCUGCCCACUCUGCCACACACCUCCAUGACAAACUGUUCAUUUCUUUCACAUUUCGUCAUUUAUGGAUUUGAAUGCUGAACCUUUUCAGCAAAAGAGAGAAAGAGGCAGAUUGAACUGUGGGAUUUUCUAGAGGUUCAGAACUGCAUGACCUUAUAUAAUCCUUUGUCUUUCAUUUCCAUAUAUUUUUUUGAAACAGUGAAAAAGUUUGUAUGAUGAUUAAAUGAUUAUUAGAGUGA